ACGUCAUUUUCCAAAAUGUCAAUUGUUCGUGACAUGUAAUCUUUCAUAAUUUUUACAGACUAGAAAUGUUGAAAAAUACUUGAUUUUCUCAUGGAUUUUAGUGAAUUCUAAUUGCGAAUAGGCGAAUCUCUUCUGUCUUGCUGGAACUACGAAACCGCCCUCGGUCGAAUUGUGUAGGAUCUUCCCUAACUUCAUCGUAUCCUACCCUGGUGAGACAAGAUGAUCAAUCUCACAGUGAAGACUUUGGAUUCCCAGAAUCGCUCUUUCUCUGUGCCAGAUGAGUACACCGUCGAGCAGUUCAAACAACACAUUGCAGAGGCAGUCUCUAUUCCAGUGGAAUCUCAAAGACUCAUCUACUGUGGUCGAGUUUUGGAUGAUGAGAAAAAUCUUACCGAUUACAAUCUUGAUGGUAAAGUCGUUCAUUUAGUGGAACGUUUGCCUCCGUCACGGCUCGGACCUUCGUCUAAUUCAGAUGGAAACAAUGACGGUCCAUCCACCCGCGGUUCUCGCGACUCUCGAGCAGACCGAAUGCGGGCCUCAGCUUUACGCAGAACUCGUCUGGGUACCCAAGCUAAUGGCGGCAACGCUAUGUAUUUGGGAGCGAUGGCCAUCGAUGAUUUAAUGGAUGGGCAAGGAUUGAAUAUUCCUCAGUUGGGUGGCCGUAGGCUGCUUCAAAGCCGUUUUGACCUCGCAACUUACAUGGCUGAACAGUUAGAUCAAGUGGUACACCGUCUAGAACAAGCCUCAAAUCCAGAUCAAGCCUCUGCCCCAGAACAGCCGGAGCCCCCGACAGCCUCUGAAUCGAUCCCACAGAACUCUGACAACACAGUUACAGGGCCUGAUCCUUUGGACCUGGCUAGUUUUCUUGUCCAUGCUACAGUGGCAGGAGCUUUUGGUGGUGAUGCAACUGUUGAGCUUGAGAUUAGACCGGAAACGGAAGAUCAGUCCCAAGAUGGAACAUCGCAGAAUGAGACGGCUGAUAAUGAUAAUACCAACGCAGCCAGUGGCCUAGGGAGUAGCUCCGGGCCCUCGUCAGCCUCAAAUGAAAAUGAAAAUCAGUCAUCUUCAUCAAGCUCACAAAGGCGACCCCAAGCAACCCCUGCAAACUUAGGCGCAUUGUUACAACGUGUUGAAGGUAUCAAUGACCGAUUCAGACCCUUCUUGCGGCAAUUCACAGACACCAUGGUGAAUGAUCCCACUCUCCCUGCAACCGGUGAAAACAGUGUUGAAUCCUUGCAGCGUAUAAUGGAUGGAGUUAGUGAAGGAAUGCAUUUCCAAGGUCAUCUUCAACAUGCAAUCAGUGAGCUCAUGUAUGACCUUUCCGAAUCACCUCCCAGGUCCUUGCGAUGCAGACCAUUGCUCAUUCAACAGCCAGCAGUUUUUCAGAGUACAAUUCCAAUCCAGGCUGUCAUUCCAACCAGGAACGCUCCAUCAUCCCAGAACCAGAGCACCUCUGCUCCGGAAGAAAGUAGAGCGCAGGCGGCAGAAAGGGAUGCUGAUGACGAAGAUUCUGCAGACCGAGAAAUGGAGAUUGAAGUUGACGGAGGGGAUAGCGCCGAACCAGAGCUGGUAGCUGUAGCAGAGCCGCCAGCCUUCCUUACAAAUACUCCAUCCCCAUCGGAAACACAACCAGCUGAUACUGCUGCCAAUGGUGCGAGCAGCACAAAUACUACUUCGGCUCAGAAUCAGAACCAAUCAAGCUCAUCUAGCUCAAAUUCCUCAACUUCGUAUCGCAGAUCCAGAGUGAAUUUUCCAGGAAUCUCCGGAAGGCAAGGUGGACGACGCUCCGGGCUUUCCUCUCUCAUUCCUAACAUGUCAUCCUGUUUCGACCCAUUCUUGCCCUGCAACUCACAUCACAUCCGUGAGAGACGCCGCAACUACUUCUUCCCUCCGGGGGCGGCGAUCGGCCGAAUAACAACCGUCACAACUGCAAUUCCGACUACAGCAAUCCCGGCAACGGUGGAGGUCACAGCGACAACCGAGAGUCAAGCCUCGGCCCAACAGCCAAACCAAGGCUCCGGAAACCAGGGCACGCAGGAUGGUGCGACUCAAGGUGGGUCAGCUGAAUCUGAUCAGAACGCGCAAGGAAGGUCAGGAAGUGUCAGAUUGAGGUUUUUCGAAGAUGCCAUGUCGCGAUUCAACUCAACCUUGCUCGGUAACAACAGAGGCAACAACGGCAACGCAAACGGAGCACAGUCAGGAAACAGUGGCAGCAGACCUCGUGCACAAGCCUUUAUUGGAAUGUCGCCAAUCAUGGAGAUGAUCUCCGAACCUGUCAUCAAUCUUGUCGCCAACUCCGAUGGUCAGUCUCGAGUCAUCAGACUGCCUGCAGGCAACUACGCGUCCAUGUUCUCGGAGAUGGCAACUGAGAUGGCUAAUGCUGUUUCGCAGGCUGCUUCUGCUUCCUCUCAAGCUAAUCAGUCAAUACUUUCUUCGCUUCUUCAAAUUACGAGUGAGUCCCUGUCCUUCGACGAAAUCAUAACCUCACAGAACGGAAAUAUACCCUUGAUGAACAUUUUCAGUCGUCUUCAGAGUUUCAUCCAAAGAAGGAUCCCAUCCGUUGCUACAUAUCAACCCAAUUCAAGCUCCCCCUCGGAUCUAAUACUUAACUCAUACCAUCUACCGGUUUUCAGACGACCCGUGAGAGAGGUUCUUUCUGAGCUGGAGGAUUCCGUUAAAAGACUCCUGGAGGGUGUACCCAUGCGGAAUGAACAAGUGGAUGUUAUCAGUAGUGUAAUGAACGUAAUUGAGGUGGAGCUCUACAUGUUUCUUGGAAUUCUAGUUUAUAGCUCUGAUUCAAGGUCAUUCCAGAGAAUGAUGUACUGUGAGCUGGAACAUUUUGCUCGCAAACUGUUUCAUGUCCUAUUCAACUGCUGCCAAAACGGGCUUGUCGGGGUGCACCAAAUUGCGCAGGCUUUUAUCGCCUCGGUGAUGAGCAGUUCAACCAUGUCCAUCUCUCAAAUCAUGAAAAUGUGGAUAGUUCAUGCGACAGUGUCUUUCUUGCGUGCAAACCUAAUCAUCAACCCUGAGCGGUCAGACUUGUUUGUCGCCCAGCAAAUAUCGGAAGAAGGAGCCAGUGGAAGUAGCAGUAGCAGUAGCAGUAAUGGUAUUUCCUCUUCAAUCAGGAGCGGUGAAAGUUCCUCAGAGACGCCCAUGGCUGUGCCCACAACCUCUGAAAGCUCAUCAUCUGAUUCUGGAUCGACCUUGUCAAAUCUAAUGCAAAUAAUUAGUCAAAAUGUAACUUUGGGAGACGCUGUACGCCUCUCCUGCGGAAUCCGAGUUUCAUUGGCCAAUGUUGGGAGGCAGCUGGAGGAUUUCUUACGCAGGAGAUUCCCCUCUGUCAGGGAGCUCCAGCGAGGACAGUUGGUUAUCGACAUCAUUCGCAACUCCUAUGGAAUGCCCCAGCUACGCACUCCUGUACGUGAGCUUUAUGGAGAACUGAGAGCAACUGUAGGAUCAGUUUUGCCUGGUUUCCUUUUUUACCAGACUUUUGCAGACAUGCGAGAAGGGGUUGACGCAGUAGCGGCUGUGAUGGAUGUUAUUGAAUCGCGUCUAUACGUAUUCCUGGGCGUCCUGUUUCUCAGUCCCGACUGGGAGCAAUUUGAAGUCACCAUCCGAAGUGAGUUGAAUCUCCUCGUUCGUGACUUAAUCACCACUGUUUACAAUUGCUGUGAGCGCAACCGUGAUGGAUUACUUCAAGUCUCUGAAGAUAUGCUGUCGGGCAUCAUUAGAUCAAAUCUGCCACAGCCCCUGAAAAUGUGGGUUGUGUACACAACGAUCUCAUACCUAAGAACAAUGCUGAGUUCGAAUAUGCAGAGGUCAAGUGAGACAGUCAGAGAGCGGGCUGCCCAUCAGUCGUCGGCCAGUGCGACCGUCUCCAGUGCUGCAGCAGCAACCCCCAGCAGAGAAUUGCCUGCAACUGCAUCAGCUCCAGUUAAUGAUGUUCCUGUUCCCACCAUUCCUAGAUCUGCGCCUGCGCCUGAGCGCAUGGAAAGUGAAAGUAUUGAAGCGGAGCUCCCACCUCUCAACUCUAGUUUACCGAAUGAGCCUUUACCAGAAGUAUCGAUAGGUUCUGAGGGCUGGCAUAAUCACCUGCGUCGUCAGGAUCUUCAAGAAUGGGUGCCGAUUAUCACACGCGAUGCUCAGUAUCAACGUAGACAAAGUCCGCAAAGACCAUACAGCGAUGCUUAUUUAUCUGGUAUGCCAAACAAACGCAGGCGGCUUAUCACUGCAGCCAAACCACCAACCAAUCGUGUUUCUCAAUUCAUUUCAGAAUCCCUUGAAAGGGCAAUAACCUCUGCAGACGUAGGCACUAGCUCUGUCACAAGCUCUGUAGUCCAACAUGCUGCUGUGGACCCAACGUUACGCUCUGCGUACGUACAACAGCUACGGGCAAGAACAGACCUAAGCUCGAAUCCAGAUUUUAACCCUAGUAAAUAUCCCAACGCUUCUAAUUACUUUAAGAAAAAAUAAGCGUUCUUGUAACAUUGUAAUAUUAGAAUCAAUUGUCUUAGUGUUGCAGACAGAGCCCAAAGGCUCGAGUGUUCUCGUUAAAUAGCACAAAUGCUGCACUGCAGGUCCGUUUGUUGUGUAUGUGAUAUUUGUCUUUUAAGUGCCACGAUUUUAAGGAAGGUGUCUGUUCAACGGUUGAUGUAAAAUACUAACAAGUUUUUUGCAAAGUUCCAUCUAAUCAAAUAUUGCUGCUUUGAGCGGAGAAACGUAAACCAAUAGUUACAUUGAAAGAGCCAAUGUUCCUAUUUUUUCUGCCAUGGUGCUUACUAUCAAUGGUAAAUCUUUUUAAUUUUGCAUAGCAUGGAGGAGCUUUAAAACUAAAUUUCGAGUGGAAAGUGAAAUUCUACAUUAUAAUUUGUUGUUCAAGGUGUUACUUCGAUCAUCAUUCUUAAUGCAAAAUUUUUGUUGUGUGACGAACUGCACUAGUUUUAUGUAAACAAUUUAAAAUGAUGUAGUGACAACAAAAUGCCAAUUAUAAACCCUGUAAGAGUUCCAUCAAAUUUGGCGUGUUGUUCCUACCUUUUAUGUCAGUUAAACUUUUUUGUUGCAAGAACACCCUAGUGACUUCUCCAUCAACAUUUUAGUAGAGACUAGCAAGGUGAGCGGUAUUUCUGAUACAUGUUCAUGACUGCUGUCUGAGUCUCCAAAGCAUUUAAAAAAUUUACAAUAAUACUGCCGUAUUCCUCUUUUUUUACUGUUGAUUUGUAUGUAGUAGUUGCUUGUUCAAUCCUGUAUAGAUAACAAAACGCAAGACUGCAGAGAAUUACUUUUGUGUAGUCAAUCAACUCCUUUUUUUUUUUUUUGUUUAAAUGUGGAUCCAUAUCUCCGGUGAAAGUUUCAGCGUAGUUUUUUGUCCGAUUUGUAAUCACUCUUGCCUCUCAAACAUAGAAUUGCACUUCUAAGGCUGGCUGUAUUAUUUUUGGUGCCGGCCAAUUCCGUGCAAAAUUUUUGUAGUUGAGUGUGGAAAUGAAUUCACCUCUAGAGAGUAUCCUCUGUCUCUGACAUGCCGGAGUUGAUAUUCAAAGUUCCCGGAUUAAGUUUAGUUCUCAGCUUUUCAUAGGCUGUCAAUUUGUCGGCCCCUUAAUUGUUAUCUUCGUGUAAUCAUUUUAAAGUGUUAAUCCAAGAAUUUCAGCUUUUUUAUUUAAUUCUUAGAGUUUUCGGACAGGUUUAAUAAACUUCCAACUAAUGAUUAAUUGUUUAUUCAGUGGACUGUAUGGCGAAAACUUUAAUGCCACUCUAGCACUAUACGUAUGUAUGUAUCAUUGUUGAAAUUUGGCUUUUUAAACAAGCGUUUGAAGCCUAGUUUCUGGAAGUUUUUUUUUUUUUUUUUUUUUUUUUUUUUUUUCCAUUAUAACAAAUCCAUGUAGCGUUUAAUGUUAUAAGAGGGUGUAAAAUUAGCAGCUCGUGUUUUACAGCAGGGUACUUACAGAUAAAGAAAAUCAGAAACUGUCAGUGAAUUUCAUCUUGUCAAAGUAAUCGGGGAAAAGUCAGGGAAUUCCAUGAAUUAGACUCAAUAUUCUGAAAAUCCUGUCCGUCUAAUCGAACCGAUUCUCACAAUCAGUUCCGGGAAAGACCUUCAGACCAUUGCUUUUUUAUAGAUAGUUGGCCCGUUUUUUUCUAAGUGUGGCAUUAUUUUUACUGUCACGUCAUCAGUUCGUUUGUAGUCUCUUUGCAAGCUGGUCAAAUUUUUAGCUUGCGGUUCUAGCAUUACCGGAAAGUGUGAUUACAAUCUAAACUUAUCCAUCCGUGAACAAAUUAACAAUUUUGAUUUUAAGAUGUGAAUUGAUCCCCAGUGAUUAAUCUGGUCAGAAAAAAUUUCAGGUGUCUUACUUUCUUUAGACUUAUGAGCAGAUGAACCCUCUCAAUUUUACUGCGUAUUUGUAUCACUGACAUUUUUUUUAAUGCUCAUACCUUUUGUUAAUUUAGUUGAAAGGUCAAACUUUUUAACAGAGCUUCAAUAAAUUUUCACUUCAAUCAC